AACCAACCGCGAUAAACCUCGUAGGAAGAAAACAGACGAGCAGAGCAGUUAAUGCUAACAGGCGUACGUCAAAUUCAUGUAGCCACUUAGCCAUGUAGCUAACCGAGGUGAUUAUAAGGGCAUAAACCGACUAUACAUACUUAGGUUAACGGAUUAGGUACUACGCCAAAGGAAGGAUAGCAAGGAAAGAUGCAAGCUGGGGACCCAGCGGCUGGUGCAACGAUGGCUGGUGCUGGUGCUCAGAGUCGGUCGGAGGACGAAGAGUCACUUGGAGUAAAAGAUGUGAAAAGGACAGCAACACAAGCGUUUGGCAUUAGUGUUCCGAAACGCAGAAGUUCAUCCAGAUCAAUAAAGCGGAAGAAGUUUGACGAUGAGCUGGUGGAGAGCAGUCUGGUGAAGUCAUCCACUAGAGUCAAAGGCCCUCCUGUCAUAGAGCCGGUUCGCUGUUCGGGGAGUGAACCUUCAUCUAGUGAGAAAAAAAAGGUGACAAAAUCAGGAAUGGCUCUCACACUGCCUCUGACAAUGGUAGUUAACCCUGCACCUAUCACUAAAAGAGUAAAGAAAAGCAAGCAGCCGUUACAUAUUACAAAAGACUUGGGAAGAUGGAAACCCACGGAUGACCUUCUACUUAUAAAUGCAGUUUUGCAGACUACAGAUCUAACCUCUGUUCAUUUGGGGGUCAAGUUCAGUUGUCGUUUCACAUUGCGGGAAAUUAAAGAACGGUGGUACGCUCUCCUCUACGAUCCUGUCAUCUCAAAGCUGGCAUGGCAGGCCAUGCGCCAGCUUCACCCGGAAGCCAUUGCAGCAAUUCAAAGCAAAGCUCUCUUUAGUCAGGCUGAGGAGGGUCUGCUGGCAAACAUUGGAUCAACCAGUCAGCCCAAACUGGAUGUGUUCCAAGAGCUUUUGAGCAAACACCCCGGUGUCUUUCACCCAUCUCGUACCCCCAAGAGCCUGCUGGUACACUGGCAGCUGCUAAAGCAGUACUACCUAUUGGAUGAUCAGAGCGUCCAGCCUCUCCCAAAAGGAGACCAAGUCCUCAACUUCUCUGAUGCUGAGCAGAUGGUGGAUGAUGUAAAGUUAAAGGAGAGUAGAGAUGAAGUGUUAGAACACGAGUUGAUGAUUUCUGAUCGCCAUCAAAAAAAAGAGAUCAGACAGUUGGAACAGGAGUUGCCUCGUUGGCAGGUCCUUGUGGAUAGUAUUACGGGGAUGAGCAUGCCUGAUUUUGAUAACCAGACACUGGCAGCAUUACGAGGAAGAAUGGUGCGCUACCUCAUGCGGUCGCGAGAGAUUACUUUGGGGAGGGCGACCAAGGACAAACCAAUAGAUGUAGAUCUGUCGCUAGAAGGACCUGCCUGGAAAAUAUCAAGAAAACAAGGAAUUAUUAAACUGAAGAAUAACGGAGACUUCUUCAUCGCCAAUGAGGGCAGAAGGCCCAUCUACAUAGAUGGCAGACCGGUCCUGUCGGGAAACAAGUGGAAACUUAACAACAACUCAGUGGUGGAGAUUGCAGGUCUUCGCUUCGUGUUUCUCAUUAACCUGGAACUCAUCUCACUUAUAAAAGCUGAAGCAGCCAAGAUGACACCGCAGUGAAUGCUAGCCAUCUAGCGGAGUGAUCACACACGGCGUACUGGCUGCGGGCGAUCCAGUCGGUCCCUCUCGGUCCAACAGUGGUUAACAGUUUAUGUCAUGAAACGCAGUAGAGUUGACACGAAUCGCACUGACUACAGCUAAAUCCCGGAGCAAGGUUGUGAACAGGCGUUUGUUUCCAUGUUGUAAUGUAGACACACUCGUGGUAGAGCAUUGUUUUUUUUGUUGCCAAUUCUUCAAAAUAUUGUAUUUAAAUUCCGUAGUAAAGCUUUUUCAAAAUAUUAAACUUGUAUACACAAAAAGUUAUGUCCA